CUCUCUCUCUCUCUUUCUCUCUUGCUUAGUUUCAAUUCCUUCUCUCUCUCUCUACUUGGUUUCCUUUCCUGUUCUCUCUGUUGAGCUUUCUUGAGAAUAGAUAGAGAGAAAAUGAGCAACAUAAGCAUGGUGGAGGCAAAGUUGCCUCCAGGAUUUAGAUUCCAUCCAAAAGAUGAUGAACUUGUGUGUGAUUACUUGUUGAAGAAGAUCACGAAUCAUUCUGAUUCUCUUCUCAUGAUAGAAGUUGACCUCAACAAGUGCGAACCUUGGGAUAUUCCUGAAACAGCAUGUGUGGGGGGAAAAGAAUGGUAUUUUUACAGCCAGAGAGACAGAAAGUAUGCAACAGGACUAAGAACAAAUAGGGCAACAGCAAGUGGGUACUGGAAGGCGACAGGGAAGGAUCGUCCUGUCCUUCGUAAAGGCAUCCUUGUUGGCAUGAGGAAGACUUUGGUCUUUUACCAGGGCAGGGCCCCCAAAGGAAGAAAAACUGAUUGGGUUAUGCAUGAGUUUCGUCUUGAGGGAUCUCUUGCUUCCCCUAAGACUUCUCCUCACAAGGAGGAUUGGGUGUUAUGCAGAGCGUUCUACAAAAAUAGAGAAGUUGCUGCAAAACCAAGCAUGGGAAGCAGCUAUGAUGACACAGGCUCUCCAUCUCUUCCACCAUUAAUGGAUUCUUACAUCACUUUUGACCAAACUCAACCCAACCUAGAUGAGUAUGAGCAAGUGCCCUGCUUCUCCAUUUUCUCUCAAAGUCAAACCAACCUAAUUUUCCCACACAUCACCCAAAUGGAAUCAAACAUAAUGCCCACAAAAAGCACAGCUCCAUUUGGACAAAUACCUAUGAGUGCUUGCUCUGAUUUAGACACUUACUCUUGUGAUAAAACGGUUGUUAAAGCUGUUUUGAAUCAACUUAACAAGAUGGAAAGCAAUCCUUACAUUCAUGGAUCUCCUAGCUUAGGAGAAGGAAGUUCAGAGAGCUACCUAUCUGAAGUGGGUAUGUCCAGCAUAUGGAAUAAUCAUUACUGAUUUUUGUGGCUUUCAAGGGAUUUUUACGAGCUAUAUAUAUGUCCCAUUUCAGGAAAAUCCCAAAACCCAAAAAGACAAAAACAAAUAUCUCCAACAAUGCUUUGCAAGAAAUUAUAUUGCAUGUAAAGCAAUUUAUAGCUAGUAAGAAAAUAUGUGCAUCUUCCAUUGUUAGCUUGAUGCAUAUAUUUCUUAUAUCGGAUGGCACAUGUAAUCUACUUUUGUCUGUGGAUCAUCAAGUAUUUGUUGGAAUUAUUGAAAAAUUGUAAAAAUUUUCAAUCAAUGUGUGUUCUUCAGUUA